AUGGAAGAUUCCUACAUUAUCGCCAACUUUCAUUCUCUUUGCCGCCUUUGCUUAAAUAAAAGUGCGCUUACCACAUCAAUAUUCGGAACUGCUCCUGAUGAAGACUCUAAUAUGACUCUAACCUCUAAAAUCGCUGAAUGUUUUGAAAUGCAGAUGGACCCUAAUGAUGGACUUCCAGGAAGGAUUUGUUAUAAAUGUUUAUUUAAAGUGAAUAAGUGUUCGAAGUUUAGAUUAAAGUGCAUUCAAAAUGAGGCAAGAUUAAAGCAAAUUACAAAUCGUGUCAAUGAGUUAGACAAUUCCAAUUCAUCUGAAUAUAGUAAUUACAAUAACUAUAAAAAUAACCAUGAAAUUCAGAAACCUAAGCCUGAAGAUUAUAUUGUUGAAGAUAGUGUGGUAAUGGUUGUUGAUCCUAGUCUUGAUUAUGACUCCUCUGAAGAAUCAGAAAAUAUUGAACAACCUGAGAAUGAAACAAUUGACCGUGAUAACACACCAGAGGGAGAGCCAAUGUCUGAAUCUUUUUUUAAGAAUGUCUUCAUGUGUCAAUAUUGUGAUCAAGCUUUUGUUUCCCAAGAGAAAUGUAAAGAACAUGAACAAGGUUAUCACGAUCCAAACAUGCCCUAUAAAUGUGUUGAGUGUAGUAUAGUCUUUGCAGAGCGUAGUCAGUAUGUGCAACAUACCAGACAUGUUCAUGGAAGUGAUAAACCAUACAACUGCCCUGAAUGUGAUAAAUGUUUUGGUAGAAGAUCAGAUUUAAGAAAGCAUUCUAUAGUCCAUACUGGCAUAAGGCCAUUUCAGUGUCAAUAUUGUCUUAAAAGUUUCUCUCGUAAUACAAACUUAAGUAAACAUUUAAGAAUCCAUGCUGGUCAUAAACCACAUGUAUGUCCUAUGUGUCCCAGAAGUUUUGUAGCUAAAGGAGAUCUACAACGUCAUGUUUUAGUUCAUUCUGGUAUGAAACCUUAUGCUUGUCGUAAAUGCCCUCUUACAUUUGGUAGAAGAGAUAAAUUAAUAAAACAUCAAUUAAAACAUGGACACAUUAGCCCAGAACACAAAACAAAUGAAUCUGAAAAUGAUCAGGAGACUCAUGACAUGGUUGUGAAUGUUAAUCCUUUUAGUAACUUAAUGUCUUCGCCUACACAGCUUAAUCCCGAUACUGCAAUGAAUUAUGACUUUCCCAGAGUACCAGAUCACAUAGUUGGUGAAGGUAGUUUUAUAAAUCAAGUUAGAAAAAAUCCACCCACCUCUAGUAAAUUAACUCAAAGUUCACCAAGUAAACCAAAAAUGAGCACCAAAAAUAAACCUAAAAAUAUAAAAUGCCACCAGUGCCCUAAAAGAUUUUCAUCAUUAGAUGCCUAUAAAACACAUGUCUCAGUUGCCCAUAUUGGAUCUAGAGGGUUUCAAUGCAAAGUGUGUUUUAAAAAAUUUUCGAGGAGAAGAGAAUUAGACCGUCAUGCAACACUCCAUUCAGGAACAAAAUGUUUUUCCUGUAACCAGUGUGAUAAAAAAUGUAAUUGUAAAGAAAAAUUAGAUAGCCAUGAACAAAUGCAAGAGUGUGUGGUUGUCAAUAUGCCAUGCAUUGAAUGUGGAGCAACUUUUAAGAAGAAAGCAGAUUUAGUUGCACACAUCAAAUCACACUUCAGUGAUAAUUUUGAUGAUAAAUUUAAUGAAACAGAAAUUAAGAAAGAGACUGAAACUGAUUUUGAACUGCAUGAGAAUUUUUAUGAAUUGGAAACCUGA